UGGCAUCAUCGUUCGGUGUCUCGUCCCUCGCCGAGCGUGUAGACGUCACUGGUCCUAUGGGAGAAUGAGAUGAAGCAGGUUCAAAACAAUGAUGAAAUGAAGUUGAAAAUACACAGUCGUUGGCACCUUCAUCAAACUCUGCUCAUCUGUUGAGAACUAAAAGAGCAGAAGCACAAAGGAGAGAGAUAAGACCUCAAUGAUCCUGCACAAGAGAAGCUGUUGAAUAAAUGCAGGAUUUGUGUUCUGUAGCAAAAUUGAUAUAACGUUCAUUUGAAAGUCAAAAUGAGAAAACUUAUUGUUGGAAUCGGAGGAUUAACAGUUGAGAUACAGGCUGUUUUCCAGGAAGUCAUUCACGGUUCACUUCAUUGAAGUGAACAGCUUAUCAUCUGCAAAUACAGGGAGCUUUGGAAUCACAAAUGGUGGAAAAACUACACUUGCGUGCAAACUUAAGAAGGCUUUUCCGAACAGUGUGUUACUGUGUCAAGAUAUGUUUUUUAAGCCUGCCAGUGAGGUAGAGGUUGGAGAAGAUGGGUUUCAGCAGUAUGACGAUAUCACAGCUCUGGAUAUGGAAGCAAUGAUGAAUUCAGUUUAUGCCUGGAUGGAGAACAUAGCUGUUGGACAUCCUGAACAACCACUUUCAGAUUUAUCAGAGAACAAAGUUAACAUCCUAAUAGUGGAAGGUUUCCUCCUUUACAAUUAUAGGCCCUUAAAUGAUGUUUUUAGUCAACGUUACUAUCUCUCCAUUCCAUACGAAGAAUGUAAAAGAAGAAGAAGUUUAAGGGUCUAUGAUCCACCUGAUCCACCUGGAAAUUUUGAUGGACAUGUGUGGCCAAUGUACCUCAGAAAUAGAAAAGAUAUGGAAGAGAAAGUGUCUGACAUAAUCUACUUGGAUGGAACAAAACCCCCAGAGGAACUGUUUGCGCAAGUGUAUGAAGACAUUUUAAGGAAAGUUCAGAAACUCAAAGAUGCUGACAAAAUGACACCGUCGAAACAGGAUAUUGAGAAAUUGAAGAUUCUAGCAGACAAAUGACUUUAUGUGCAGAGCUACAAAUGAACUGAAGUAGAUUUAAUGAAAAUCCAGAGACUCCAUUGGAGUGUGCAUAAACCAAGCUUUGGAGUAAUCUAUACAUUAAUUAUUUUAUAUUUGCAAACCUCAUUACUCACAAUUUAAUAUCCCAUUGGUUGGCAUAAUCAUGUUGGACUGAAGGGUCUGUUUCUGUGCUGUAUGACUCUGUACUUGUGUGAUUUUUAAAAUUGCGUUAAGACUAAUCAUUUAAAUUCUGUAUUUACCUAUAUUAAUAAUCAUAAAGGAAUCCAGUUAUAAUCAUAGGCUCUCCUAUGAUUUAGGGAUGAAAAAAAAAGCUGGCUUCAUCUGGUUUGGCAAAAAACAUGUCUGGGCAAACUUGGUGCUCCUUUAGUAGAACGUCCUUUAUAUAUGCAAUAGAAAAUACACAAUAAUCCAGUGCUUAUUGUGUUCACGUCCGAACAUAAAGCUGUUUUCUGAAAUUCAGGAACUUGAUUUUGGAAAGUGUGAUAGCUUAGCAAAAACCAUGCUGACUGGCACGUGUGCUUAUGAGCUUCCUGCUGCUUCACUCUUCUAGUGGAAUGAAGAUAGAGUCACUCGGGUGAUUUUCAGAUAAGAGAUUCAAACCAACACUUCUCAUGGUCUUGUUGCUGUAAUGUAAUAAUAAUACAUCUCCCCUUCAUUGGGAUAGAAUUACCUCACUAAACUCGAUAGGUUUCUAUUUAUGUAAAUGCUGCUUAAAAUGUUGUUGAAUUUCAUUAAUAACUACUACAUUUAGUAAACUUUGUUUCUCUGUUAGAAACAAAACUAUCUUUUCCUAGAAAUGCCAAUAAUGUGAUUAACUUGCCAUUAAAUGUGAACUGCAUAUCCAGCUCUUCA